AUGGCCCGGGCGAUCGCCACCAAGACCAAGAAGAAGCCGGCGGACUUCAAGCGGCCCAAGCGCAAGGUCGGCCGCCGCGCCGCGCCCGCCGCCAACGUCACGUCCGUGGGCAUCACCUCGCGGCGCAUCAACCUGCUGGAGCAGUCGCUGCUGCAGGACAAGAGCGGCGCCGCGCAGCUGACGCACCGCAACCAGGCGCUGCCGGAGCUGCUGCAGCAGGCGGGCCACUACAAUGCGCACGUGCGCCAGCGCGCGCUGCAGGGCCUCAAGGAGCUGGCCGCGCAGGAGACGGCGGCCAACCUGCGGGCCAACGCGGCCGUGCUGCUGGAGCGCUUCCUGCCCACUCUGCUGGACGAGGAGGCCGUGGUGCGCGAGGCCGCCGUGCACGCCUGGAAGGCCAUGCUACCGGUGCUCCGCAGUGUGCUGGCCCCGUUCGCCACGCUCGUGGCCACGUACUUCUGCAGUGGCCUGACCCACCUGCAAGUGGGCGUGCGUCAGGAUGCGCUCAAGGCCAUCGGAGAGCUGGUGGACGAGGCGCCCGAGCUGCUGAGGGAGGACGCGGGCCGCGAGGCGCUGGCCCGGCUGCUCGAGAACUUCAGGGGCCUCAUCUGCGCCGCGCAGACGCAGGGCAUCAGGAUGAUGAACACGUACGACCUGCUUGUGGGCUCGGACUCGGCGAACUCUUCAGCCAAGAAGGGAGCGGGCGGACGCAAGAACCAGAAGAACGGGCAGAAGAAGAGCAAGAAGCCCAAGGCGCCGUCGGGCGCGCUGGCACUGCGCUUUACGGCGCUGAAGGUGCUGCACAAGCUGCUGCUGUCGGUGAGCACUGGGCUGCGUGAUGGCAAGACUGGCGCAGCUGUGGGUGCUCGGUCGGCAUCAGUGCCUACGACUAAGGCGCUGCUGCUCUACCCGGCUCCGCAGCUUGUUACGACCAGCAUGUUCGCCUCUUCGACUGCGACCACUAGCACUGGAGAGAAGGCGAGUGCCUCGUGGCAGGAGAAAGUGCGCGCGCUGCUGCCUGCUCUGCUGGAUUUGUGGCUCGAGUGCCUUGAAGGCAGCACCGAUGCACUCUCGGACGUGCACGUGGAGCACAUGAAGUACAUUGUGGAGUGCACAACCGCUGUGGUUGGUGCCAACACCGACUUGCUGGAUGUUGAUUUGGCGGAUGACGCUGCGAACAAGGAGUUCUUCCAGGCCGCUCUGAAGCUGCGUGAGGAGCUUCUAGCGCCCGAGAGCUUCCCGAUGCUGCCAAGUGCUAGUGCGACCCUAGCUGCUGCGUCUGAUAGUUUGGGCGUCCUCUCGAGAUGGCAUGGAAUGAACGCUGCGCUCUCAAAGUUGGCGUGUGAAUACCUCCGCCUCCCCGCCUUGAUGCAUGGGUCUGGCAAGGAUGCGUCGCAGACUGAAUCGAUUGAACAGCGCGUGUGUACGUACGUCGUCACUACGCUCGCGAAGUACAAGGAGACGCCGGAGCUCCGUGCGGUCGCCAGCAUGCAGAAUGUGCUCCAGCCUCUGCUCGAGGUUGUGACGCUCAUCUUGGCGUCUGUGUCUCAGCGCAGCGAGACCCCUUCGUCGGCGGAAAACCAAGGUGACGAACGCAGCCUCUUGCUGGAGGCGGUGACUCAAUUUUACGCGCUGUGCACGCCCAAGUCGGUGAGCUUCCGCAGCUGCACGGCGUUUGUGGUUGAGCAGUUGGAGAUCGCGUUGCGUGGGCAGCAACGGCCGAGCCAGAAGCUGCCCUGGCCGAUGGUUAUGCAGUGGGUGGUGUGCCUUGCUGACCUGCUGGGCCAGCUCGACCCGCAGCACAUGGAGCUCGGCAGGCGCAGCUUGCUUGCAUUGAUCUCCGUUCUGAAGCAGCUCCCGACUGAAUUUGCCAGCGGAGAGCAGAUGGAGAGCGUGCUGAAGAACCUGUCUGCGUUCUUCGACCUAGCUGCAGUGCCGUCUCCUUCGAUGACAGAAGACGAGAAGCAGAGAAUGCUGGCCAGGACACGCUUCGAUGCGCUGGGUGCGGCGGAUCAGCUGGUGUUCGUGGCGCUGGUGUACCAUUUACCUCGGUAUCCUGUGUCGCUACUGCGUGCUCUUGCAAGCUGCUGCAAGAGCCCUCGCAUUUACAGCGAGGCGAAGAGUUUCCUGGUCGACAUUCUGUUCCAGCGACGCGAGGCUGUGGACCUUGCUCACAUCGUGAGUUUCCUUGUGAGUACCACGCUCGCGCCUGUUGAUGCGAACGCGCACCAGCAGCGCCAGCAACUGCAGCUUGUGGACCACGUGUGCCGUACCUUCGUCGCGAUGAACUUGGGCAACUCCCUCCCGAAAAUCUUGGCGCCGACGCUUGCGAAGGCCCAGGCUCGAGAGGACAUGAACUCGAUGGAGUUGCACACCUUGGUGUUGCUCUACCGCACGUGCGUGGCGUCCGCGUCUAGCCGCAGCGUUGAGGCUCACCAGCAACGUUCGGAUAUCCCUGCGGAGAUGGAGCGAGAGCUGGUCAAUUUGAGCGUCAAGAUUUUGGCGAGCUACUGUGCGACACCGGCGGCCGACCAGGUCGCCACACCAGAGGAGAUUGAUUCGCGUGAGCAGGAGCGGCUACUCGUGGAGGCUUGUGUGGCGACUUUGGCUCAUGGCGAGGCCAACAUCUUCGCUUCCUUCGUGGACGAGCUUCUGGCCGCUCGGCAACAGGUGUCUGUCUUGAGUCGCCGUUUGCGCGUGCUCCAGGCGCUUGUGCGGACAUCAAACCUGGCUGGAGCUUUCAGGCGCCAUCAGAACCAUGUGACUCACCUGUUACACUUGGCGGAGCAGCAGCACGCUGGCGAAGAGGACGUUGCGCAACUUGUCCGACAGUUGCGUGGAGACCUGGAGCUACUCGCAGUGGGCCAGCUUAGUGAAAACAACUCCAAGUAA